AGCUCCCUCUCAAAGGCCUUCCGCUUCAAUACAAAAUCAUCCCGGAGCGGUAGCUCAAUUGGUGACCGCGCCUCUGUUGGGAACUCCACCUCCCCAACACCAUCGUUUAGCAGCUCAGAGGGGGGCGGAGGAAUUUACGCCACUGUAGGUGCCUAUCCAUAUGGGAGCCAAGCAUACCAGCAACAACAAUCUCCAUAUAGCAAUCAUCAUUAUCCACCACCGACUACAGCACCACCUCCACCACCGCCAGCGGCGGCAGUAUCAACACCAUCCUCUACGUCGUCACAGCAACAACUACACCACUAUGCCCAGCAGCAGCAACAACAACAACAAUUUUAUAUACAUCCUCAGCAGCAGCAGGCAAAUGCACAUCGCAUAAGUGCACCACCGGCAGGCACAGGCCUGGAUACACCAACCGAUUCUAGUCUACUCUUCGAACAACAUCGUCGUGUCAAAAGUAUUAGUGAUAUUGGAGCCACUGCUGCUGCCGCCAGUUCACACGGGUAUGGUACCUCCAAUCGUGAUCGUAUGAGCGGUAUAAGUGGCCUUAGUAGUAUGGGUCUAUCUGAUACGGCCAGCAUAGCUAGUAGUGGUGGCCUAAUGACUGAACAAUGUAAUCAUUUGGGUGGUUCUGCAACAGAAUCUUCCAAUUCGCCGGGCGAAGACCUCGAGCAUGCAUUCCGUGUCGAAAUCGCUGCCCCAACAUCUGGCGAAGACUGUACUCGUAGCCUUUUGUAA